CUCUCUCUCUCUCUCUCUAUCUCUCUCUCUGCGGAUCGCGGAAUUCGUUUCGUGGCGUGAUUUCUCUCCACGCCCCCCUCCGCCGGUCGCCCGCCAGCACGCCUUUUUCCAAUAAUAUAUAAUAAAAGCCGAGGGGGGACCGUCCCGAAUUUGACCGAAAGGCAGAAGCCGACCCUUACUUUCUUUUUAACGCCGAGGGGGUUAGAGAUUUUUUUCCCCGGCCAUUUUGUUCCUUGUGGAGACGAGCUUCCGAUCGAAAAGAACAUUUGGGACGACUCCCUGGAUCUGAAAACCCUAGAACGGACCGAACGACCAACGACCGACCAACCGUUCUUGAGCCUUGGACAUUUUUCUUUUGGCCCCCAUCUUGGAAAGAGGGAGGUGGGGGCGGUGGAAAUAUCGGAUUUUGCUGUUCUGAGGGAUCGGACUGAGGCUAGAUCUGCGAACCCAAGUGCGGAGUUUCCGGAUUUCGGGAGUGGGAUUCUUGAUCUUGCUGGUCAGUGUACUUGGGGGGUUAAUCUUGGGGUGGCGGGGGUUUCUUGAAAUAGCUGACGGGCGCUGUUCUUGAAUCUUGAUUCUUUAGUGGGUCUCCGUUUCUCGGGGAGAUGGGCGUGGGUGCGUGCAUGAGAACGGCAAAAGUUGGGGCGGGCGGGCAGUAGCUGGUGAAUUUUUUUCUUUUUGUUCGCUUUUGGUUUGUUGGGAGGGACGAGACCAAGUGGAGUCCUGCAAAGCUUGUGUGAGCGAAUGCGUAAUUCGAUUGUCCCGAGGGCCUCUUAAGAUAUCGAUAGUUGAAUCUUUUGAGGUCGGCAAAGUGUUGGCAACUAAGCCCGUCGGGAACAAGAGUCUGAAGGGUGUUGGCUAGUAGCGGCUCUGAGUUUCUUAUUUGAACGGCAAAUUUGUCUACAUAAUUGAUUGGGCAACAUGCAUUCGAGGCACCGGAGUCCUGGAAAUGGGUACAGGUCGGGUUCGAUGGGGAUGAAUAUGGCUGUGGCCUCUCGUAUCUCCCCGGAGAGUUCAGUUAGGAGCCAUGGCUUCCAUAAUUCGGAAUACCGGAGCUUCAACCGUAGUUUUGGGCGGAGCCCUAGCCAUGGUCAUACGAAAUCCUUCCAACCCCCACCGCCUCCUCUGCCACGCAAAUCUGACAUGUUCAUGGAAGCUGGGAAACUUGCAGCGGAAUACUUGGUCUCUCAGGGAAUUUUGCCAGCGAGCGCACUUUCCGGGAAGUGGCAGAAUGGUAAUUUGAAGAAGCAGGUCAGCGAGUUUCAGGAGUUUAGGUCUUCAGAGGGGGAGAACUUGCAGUUCCAUGGUGAGAUGAGAACGUCGGCCCUUGCCCGUUUGGGUAAUUCGGGUUAUGAUUCAGGGUCAGGUAGGAGGAGGUAUUCUGAUGAUUACAAUGCGGUUGGAGUGAGAAACCAUGUUAAAGGGAGGAGGAGAGGAGGAUCUUUCAGGGGACAUGGCUCUGACUGGGGCAGAGAUUAUGGAAGGAAUGGCUCAUGGUCUGAUAGACGUAGAGCGUCUCCAGAAAUGGGCGUUGAACAUGCUCCUGAUGCGGGACAUUACGAGGAGAAGAUGGUUGCUAAAGAUAAUGCUGAUGCAGUGGAGAAAACUGGCACCAGUUCAGCCGUGCCAAAGGGUAAGGACAGUGGAGAUUCAGACUCUGAAGUAAAGGAGCACCUAUCAAAAGUGAAUUCUAGUAGUCCUGUGAAAGAUUGUUCCAAUGAAACUGGUGGAGAACUUUCCAAGGAGUCUCAUGAUUUGAGAAACUCGACAGAAAGGAGUGAGGAGAUGAAAGAUGGAUCUAAUAAUCAUGAAGCAGGGAAAAAUAUAGUUGUGGAGGGGUUACCUGCUGAAACUGCUGCUGCAGAGAUAAAAGUAUCAGGGAGCAGUUUUCCUGAUUUACGGGCACUCUGCAAAUUUGCCAACAUGCCCACCAGAAUCCGUUCAGCUAGAGGCACCAAACUUGAGCCUGUUUCGAGUGGUGUAGAGACCAAUGAUGCCGCAGGACCUUCUAGAGGAACAAGAGUCGUGGUUGAAGAUGAUACUGUCGUUGGCUCAUCUAGUACUGGUUCUGCAAACGACUCUAAUGAAUCAAAAUGCCUUGACUCUGAGAUCUCUAAAGCAACAUCUCUUCAGCCAUCUGAGGCGUCGAAAGAAUUAGCUCCUGCUCAUGGCACUGAGUUGGCCGAACAUGUGAGCUCACAGCCUUCACCAGAGGUGAGAGAAUUAAGCCCAGCAUGUGGUUUUGACGAGGCUAAAGAUUCUAAAUCUGAGUCCUUUCCAGAUAAAUGCUUAGGUUUUGAUAUUGAUCGAGAUUCAAGCCAGGCUUUGCCAGGAUGUGAAAUUUUGAAUCCUGUAGUUGAGAAAAGGGUUGAAAAGCAGGCGGUUGAAGAGAGUAGUAUAAAUGAGGGACGUAAAAGAACAAGGGAUUGGCUUUCUCCCAUUGACGAUGAGGGGGACAAGUACUUUCAUGUUUUCAAGUCGAGUAAAGGUAAAGCGGAUGUUAAAAGCGAUCUCAUGAGUGCUGAAACUGUAGUCACCAUUGCUGACGCAGAUAAUUCAGCAAGUAAUCCUAAGUUGCUAGAAGUUGAAGACACGACAUGUGCCAAGUAUUCUCAGGAGAAGCAGCUUUUCCCAGGCUCAUUCAAGAUUUGUGACCUUAAUCUUAUGGAAACUACCGAUGUGACUGAGAACCAUAAUCAAGAUCCCAUUUUCAUGUAUCCACCUAUUUCACACUUGAAAGCGGAAAAUAGUUCAGUUGAUGUUGACUUGUCAAUAAGUAAUGCCGGCACAUCUUCUGAGAAUGCAAGACGCAUGCCUACUGGUAGAGCAAUUGAAGUAAUUGACUUAGAAAAUGAUUCUGCUUUAGAAGACAAGGCCUUCAACAUGCCUGAAAGGAAGACAGAGACUGCAUUCACGGAUAUAGAGGGAUUUCCUAAUCCUGCACCAAAUACAGUUGAUAUUCCAGAUCCUCAGGAUGGCUAUAAUCUCAUGAUCUCAGAGUUGCUUGGUAACGAUUUUUCAAAUUGCACUUCUGUGCAGGGUGAGAUUAAUCCUCUUGAUAACAUCAGCCUUCAUAACGGAGAGGUGCCUCUUGCAGAGGACGAUCCGAUAUAUAUGUCGCUGGGCGAAAUACCAUUCUUAAGUAUUUUCCGGAAUUGGGAGAAUGCCGCCCCACCACAGGAGGACGGAAAGCCUUUCUGAAUCUCUGUCUAUCAACAAAACAGCAUAAUGCUUAGUACUUCGUUGUUGCCGUGCGGCCGUUGCUGCGGGUGGCUGCAGCAUUGACUUCUUUGUUCAUAUUCAACCCCUACGGUUUUUCGCUUAAAAUAGGAAGCAGAAAUGUCGUCUCCUUCCUGGGAGGCCCUCUUAGAGUCGUGGAAUGUAAUCUUGUUUGUACGAAAUGCACUGGACUGCUAUGUAGGACAUGGUUUGCUUAUUGUAUCCGACGGAAGAAGUUCCAGCAACUCCGCUGCUCUUGUGACGACUGGGCUUGGCACCGUCGGCCGAGGUCAAAAGGUGAGCUCGACUUCGCCGAUUACUGAUUUGGGUAUAAUGGGGAUGUUGUUGGUGAACUUCUUAGGAAUUCCGCAUGCUUAGCCAAAACUAACCACAAAGAAAGAAAGUGGGUUGCUGAUUCUUUCCGUGCCAUAGCUUACGGAGCAAUACACAGCAAUAUACACUGGUGCUAAAUUCGUGUAAAGAUUCAUUUUUUCACCAGCCUCCAGGGUUUUUUCCUUUCACACUCUUCUUCCCGAGGGACCCAAGUUUCAUGUUUGAUGUGGGAAACACGAGAAACGUGCAGCAGCAUCUGACUUUUUUUUUGGGGCUCAUUUUUGAACUUCUGUACUGAGGAAUUCUUGCAGUU